CGUGUGCAUGUGUGUGUGUGUAGUUUGCAGAUGUGCAAGACUGCUCCUAAUCUUCCCUAGCGCCAUCUGCCAGUGUUUUUCGCAGGAUUACUAAAUCGUCACACGACUGGGUCAAAGAGAGAGAGUGAAAGGAGAGAAAAGGGCUGCACAAGAAAAGGAGAGAGAGAUGAGGCAUGACAAGCCUGUGCAGAUGUGUCGAGAUUCUCUGCACCGAGGGGACUCGCAAGGCCAAAUGAAACGGACCGCAACCUUGAUUAAAAUUACAGAUUGAUGGGAUGAUUUCCUGCUUUUUCCUGCUCGUUUAUUUUUUUCAUACUUAUAUACUAAAUGUAUAGUUCUCAACGAGAUUAAUUGAUAAUGAAUAUGAUUCUUAGUUUCACAGCCAGCUGCUCACCAGUAAAGGUGAUAUGUCCACUAGAUAAAAUCCAAACAGACAGGUAUGUAGAUGUGACCUCUCACCUCCACCAGUCGUGUAUCUAAACAGGCUUGGUGACAUUUGAGCUGUGUCACAUUCCAUACUGCCUACCAACAAAGUCCAACCAGGUUUUGAAUGUGUAGUGCUUUUACUCCGACUUGGGAAAAGUGUAGAUUCGAUUUUUGUUAUCUGAACAGUGAUGACACAGGAAACAAAAAUAAAGUAUCAAAUCUGUAAGUUUGAUUUGCAGUAUUUUUUUUACAAUUUGAUUGAUAAACCAUUCUGGUAUAACUAAAAAGCAGUACACUAAGAUGAUUUAUAUAUGGGACGUACUGUAUAAUUAGCAUGUUGUAUGUAACUGGGACGCAGUUUUUGUUUUUAAAGGUUAGCAUGCUGACUCCCACGCUGUCAGCCUGCCAGCUCAAUGCAAAAGCACACAGGACGAGACACGGCGAUGACAUGCUGAUGAGAGGAGGUUUUGCUGCUUUCUCCUCCUGUUUCCCCGGCCUGUGCGAAGGGAAACCUGCCACUGCUCUGCCUAUGAGCUUGUCCCAGCCCUGCUUGCCUGUGGCUAAUGUAGGGCCCACCCGCAUCCUGCCACACCUCUACCUGGGCUCACAGAAGGAUGUCCUCAACAAGGAUCUGAUGGCACAGAAUGGUAUCACUUAUGUGCUGAAUGCCAGCAACACCUGCCCCAAGCCAGACUUUAUCAGCGAGAGCCACUUCAUGCGUAUCCCAGUCAACGACAACUACUGCGAGAAAUUGCUUCCCUGGCUGGACAAAACUAAUGAAUUUAUAGACAAAGCUAAGGUGUCAAACUGCAGAGUCAUUGUGCACUGCCUGGCUGGAAUCUCGCGUUCAGCAACCAUCGCCAUUGCAUACAUCAUGAAGACAAUGGGCUUGUCAUCAGAUGAUGCCUACAGGUUUGUAAAGGACCGAAGACCGUCCAUAUCCCCCAACUUCAACUUCCUAGGCCAGCUUCUGGAGUUUGAGAAGGGUCUGCGAUUAUUGCAAGCUUUAACUUCAACCUCUGAUGACAAGAUCUCCGAUAAGCAAAGCUCCGAGGUUAACGGAGGUUUUGAGAUGAACGGUCACCACAGCAACUACGACUCAUCUGUGGCAGAUGCACACAUCGCACCAGAACCCAAGCUGCCGUCACCCACCUCCCUCCAGCAAGGCUUCAACGGCCUACACCUCUCCGCAGAGAGGAUCAUGGACACUAACCGGCUUAAACGAUCCUUCUCCUUGGACAUCAAGUCGGUCUACUCCCCUAACAGUCCCCCCUGCCCCAGCCUGGCACCCACACAUGCUGAAGACGUCCCCAAGCUGUGCAAGCUUGACAGCCCAGGAACAGGCACCUCCAAUGGUGUCUGCUCCCAAUCUCCCGUCCUAGACAGCCCCAGCUCCUCCGAUUCACCGUUCCCCUCACCAGGAAGCAGUGGCAGCAUUGGAGGUUUGGGGCACAGAGGAAGUGAAGGAGUCCAUCGGUCUGGUUCUUCCUCAUCCAGACCCAGGAGAAAACCCAAGCAUUGCUCUGGCAGCUCCCCAGUCCACAUCCAACCGCACCAACCUCCACAGUCUCUCAGCUUGUCACUGGACCACAAGAGCUCCAGCCCGGACGAGAACCUCAAGGGCUCCCUGCUCCUGUCACUACCCUCCUUGCCCACUGUGGGGUCUGGGGCCAUGUGGACCAAACACAGAGACACUGUCCAGGCCACCACUCCCGUCACUCCUGUCACAGAUGCCCCCUGGCCCUUUGGGGCAGUGGAGGGAGGUGAGGGAGAGAUGGAGCUGGGAGGAGGAGGAGGCCGAGGGGGAGAAGAGUCGUCGGUGAGGUUUGGGAGCAGUUCGGCAUAUGUGGCGUUCGGGUGCAGCGAAGGUGUGCGGUUGCGAGACAAAGCCCAAAGGGAGAAGUCCUCGGCACCACAGACACAGAGAGACCACCGAGACUCCACGUCGUCGUCCGCAGUGACCACAUCCAACAGUGCGAACAUGAGCGGGUCGGAGAAGCAGUUCAAACGGCGCAGCUGUCAGAUGGAGUUUGAGGAGGGCAUCUCCGAGACGCGAUCCCGAGAAGAACUAGGGAAGAUCGGGAAGCAGUCGAGCUUCUCUGGGAGCAUGGAGAUCAUCGAGGUCUCCUGACAGAUAAUGGACAUGAUCAGGGCUGUCCCUUCGGGGCACGAAUGGACCUGGUUAGAGGGAGUGUAGGAGGAGAACAUAUGAUGGGGAGCAGAAGAGGCUUUUUUUGUGCUCCCCUCACAGACAGUGUUAAAGACUCCAACUGAGAGAAGGACAAAUAACAGAGCGUUAAUGUGAAAAGGUUAGCAAGCAAACUAGCAUUCGCACCUGGACAGAAAGAGGCUGUGAUGUGGUGCUAAGCCAUCCUGAACUCUCAUACAAAUCUGAAUAAAAGUCUGGGGGAGGUUGGGGGUAAAGGGGGUGACUGUAGGUACUGAAACUCUUAAUUUGUCUGAGCUCUGUCACAGAUAAAAAGAAACGACCCAGGACAAGUGUCAUGUUGCAUCCUUACUAUAUAGAAUAUCCCUAUUUUGACGGAUACAUACUGCUUGCCUGCGGUCAAAUGUAGUGUGCUUCAGUGGGUGUAUAGCUUGUGAUUUUGAACCAAGCCCCAUGUUUCCUCCUUAAAGCUUCACCCCAGUGUCAGAAAGCCUCAGAACCUCGCACGGCUGAUCCCCCCCCCCUCCUCUUCCCAGUGGCUCUGCCUGCUACAGACUCUGCAUAGCAACAUCAGACAACAAUAACAGACUCCUUAACGGCACCGUCUCCUCACAUCACCACAGCACAAGGCAGAGAGAUCCCAAGGACUUAAUCUAACGGCGGUACUGUAUCCAAACAAUGAAGGAUCCUCAGCAUUUCGUUGCUGAAAAAGACUUUUGAAGACUCGUAGCGACGGGCAGUGUUCCCCCCUUAAAGCACAGUGUGUCUUUCCUGACUUUGGCUCCCUUGUUUCCAGUGUUAACAGCGUGAUGGGAUUGAGGUUUCGGGAUGGUGGUGAAGGUUCGCUUUAACAGCCCUUCAACUCCUUUAUAGACCCCCCCCUUAAACCCCCUCCCACUGCUCCCAGUCACCAUCUAUGGUCACCACUGAGCAUGCACCAGAAAGGCUGACUACAGAAAGACAAAUACUAUAUAUACAAUAUGAAUAUAUAUAGCAAUUUUAAUGGACUUCUCUAAUGGACUUUUUUGUUCAGUUAUAGUUUUAAUUUAUUGUAUUGAUUCAUUCUGGUAAUGAGAAAUAAUAUAAUGUUUUGUGGAUUUAUUUCUUUUUUUUUUCUUUUGUUGAAAUAUUAUUAUUAUUAUUUGCUGUAUGGUAUUUAUGAACACACACUCAAACAAAUACACACAUUCAACAAAUUCAAGCAAGCAAUAUGUGCUGUUCCUUCUUUGGGGAGAGUGAUGUAUGACUUUGAAAUGCACUUUUUCUGCUUUCUGAUAACCAAGUUCAGUUACCCCUCACACCCAUGGACACAACAUACUCUGAAAGCCAAUCUCUGAGUUUUGAUAAAACAAAAAUAGAGCCUCUGUUUUAUAUUUAGAGGAUGGUACAGGUAUCCCACUGGAAUAGGAUCUCUGUCGUGUGUAUUCAUGGAUGUAUCACAUCAAGGGCACACACACUGAUCACUCAUAUACAGUAGAACAUUUUCUGCCAGUGUCAUGAGUUCUUGCAUAACAACAACUAUAUGCAAACAAACACACGCUCUUUCACAAGUUUGAGAUUUAUAGACUCGCACCGAGUGUCCUCUCCGAGCCAGCACCAGUUCGUCAUCAUCACCAAAGCUGAAACCAACACACACACACACACACACACACACGCCCUAUACUGUAUGCACUUACACUUAUUAUCACACAUGUAGGCCCGACACACACCCUUUUGUUCAUUCUCAGGGGAUCUUUCAGUGAGCCAAGCCCGGCACAGGGUACACAGCUGCUGGUACAUCAGCACAAUGCAUGUCCGUAAAGCUCCCUCGCUUUCUCCUCUCUCUCUUGUCUUUUUUUGCUCUUAUUUCUUAUUUUCCAAAGCUUUGAUUAAAAAAAACAACACAACAUAACAGAAAGAAAAACAGCGGAUCCUUAUAUCUUGAGGUGAAAGAAAUGAAAACUUUGCUCUCCUGGUGCGAGAUGGUUAUUUAUUUAUAAUGUAAAAUGUGUUUAUUUUUCCUUUGACCCUUGAUUAGCUUUUCUCUCUGGUGAUCUCUGACCUUUGACCUUGGGCUGGGCUGCUGCAGCUACAGUAAGUUCAGAUAGAUUUCCUCAGUUCUCCCGAGGCUCUAGAAACCUCUCCUGUCCUCACCCUCCUCCCUAUAUUUUUAAGAAAUGUUGUUAGAAUUAUUUAUGACAUGUAACAAAGAUGAUGCAGGCUGUCCCAUUUGCUAAAAUUGUUGUUAUCAAAAUAUUAUUAUUAUUAUUAUUAUUAUUAUUAUUAUGUUGUGUAAAUAGCAACUCAUCUAAGAACACUGAUGAAUUUAGAUGAGUUUUUAAAAGAAAAUCCUGAUACCUUAGGCUGCUUGACGCAAAAAUACCUCAGGUUCUAUUGAAAGGCUUUUCCUUCCCCUGUACAUGUUUUGUGAAAAUGAGACAAAAAUACAGACAUGACAAAAUACAAACUC